CUCUCUGCCACUCCCCACGGGUGGGUCACUCCACAGGGAGCCCCAACACUGGCAGGAGAGGAUCCUACAGGACAGCAAGGAGAUGCCACCUAAAAACAAAGAAAAGGGGAAGAAAUCUGGGGCGCAGAAGAAGAAAAAGAACUGGGGUGCAGAUGUGGAGGCUGAGUCCAGGCACAGGCUGGUGGUGCUGGAGAAGGAGCUGCUCCGAGACCACUUGGAGGCGUGCCAAAGGGAAGCUGCGACUGCCCGGGAAGAGGCUGGACAAGCUCUAAGAGAGCGGGACCAGGCCCUGUCUCAGCUUCGGACCCACGUGGCAGACAUGGAGGCAAAGUAUGAGGAAAUCUUACAGGACAGUCUGGACAGGCUCUUGGCCAAGCUGAGAGCCACCAAGUCGCAGUGGGAUGGGACGGCAUUGAGACUCCAUGCCAGGCACAAGGAGCAGCUACGCCAGUUUGGACUCACCCCCCUGGAUCUUUGAGGCCACCAGCCCCUAGUCUCUAGUGUUCUCUGAGGCGCCAGCAAUAAAGUGUCUUGAUGUAGAACUCA